AUGGUUGUUCGCAUUCGUCUUGCUCGCCACGGUCGUCGUAACUUACCAUUCUAUCAUAUCGUCGUCGCCAAUGCACGAACUGGACGUAACAGCAAGCCUAUUGAAAAGAUUGGUACAUACAACCCUGUCGCUGAUGAGUCAGGCAACAAAUUAAUCAACCUAAACUUUGAGCGUGCCAAGUACUGGUUGACUGUGGGUGCUCAACCAUCAGAAACUGUCGAAAAAUUGUUGGUCAAGGCUGAUUUAAUGCCUCAAGCUCCUAAACCUUGGAUGGAAUUGGCAAAAAAAUUCAAGCAAGAAGCUGCCAACUAA